AUGGAGACCGCAGAACCAGUGUCUUACGAGUUCCCCGGCCAUGCUGUGGGUGCGUUUGCACACAGGCGCCCGAUGGACUCGACCCUGAGCCAGAACAUCCCCUUCUACUCGCAUUCUACAACGACUUCAUACUCGUUGCCUUAUCAAGCACCUAAUGGUCUGCCUUAUAACUAUGGUCAUCACGUAGGUCAUGCACACUCGAACCCAUACCAGCAUUACUUCGUUCCUGGUCAGCAUCCGCUUCAGCACCAACCACUGCGUCUUACGACGGAGCCCCAGCCGUUGCAGUCUCUUCCUCAGAUCCGGCCAGCGAAGAACGCCAUCAACCAGGCAGCAAAGUCUCCUACGAGCCAUGAUUCCGGGUUGCAUCCCACGAGCGCUGGCCAUAGUUCAGCCGAUGGAGCCCAAGAGACGACACCGAACCCUUCUGACAUGGCAUUCUCGACAAAUGUGGAUGUCCUGAUGAAGGCAAUCCAGGCAAAGCACGGUUCGUCACCACACCAACAGUCCCUACCACCACUUCAACGCCUGGCGCCCCCUGUGUCUCAGGUCUAUCCCAUGACCACGUACCCGGUAGCCUCUCCCACGCCACCGCGCUACUAUCUGGGCAGCGAAGGACAGCCAUCUCGUUCUGGAAAGAAGCGCAAGUACACCUGCACGCUACCAGGCUGUGGUAAGAGCUUUGCCCAGAAGACACACCUGGACAUCCACAUCAGGGCACACACCGGCGAUAAACCAUUUAUCUGCAAGGAGCCCUCAUGCGGCCAGCGCUUCUCACAACAAGGCAACCUCAAGGUAAGCACCACCCCUCAGCUGCAAGCUGACGCACCAUGCGACCGUGACACACGAGGCAAAGAGACUAACAGACAGCCAACUUUCCAGACCCAUCAGCGGCGACACACAGGCGAAAAGCCCUUUCAGUGUGAAGAAUGCGGAAAAAGCUUUGCGCAGCGAGGCAAUGUCCGCGCCCACAAGCUCACCCAUCAACGAAAAAAGCCAUUCAACUGUCUUCUGGAUGACUGUAACAAGCAGUUUACUCAGCUGGGUAACUUGAAGUCCCAUCAAAACAAAUUCCACGCCAUAACACUGCGAAACCUCACUAUUCGCUUCUCGCAAAUCGGCGAAAACGGGCCCGUGAACCCAGCAGACCGCGAGCUAUGGGAAUACUUUGCGACAUUAUACAAGAACAGCAACAAGGGCAUCAAGGGCCGAGGCAAGGACCGGCGAAUAUCCAUGACCGGACGCUCUGAUGGCUGUGCUUCAAUGGAUCGAAUAGCCUCCGUUGAGUCUGAAGAAGGCGAUAGCAAGAUGAUGCGCCGUGAGAGCUAUGAAGACAACAUGUCUGCUUACAACAGCUCCAGCAGCGAUGGGGGGGAUACCGAGCAGUAUUAUAUGAUUCGAAGACCCCACUACUCUUGA